UGAAACUGGCGCCAAAUUUUCAUUCAAACAAAUUUGAGCCACACUGAGCAGUAGUCGAAUUCAUUUCACUGAGUGUAGCACACGCAUCAACGUGGUUCUCUUUGGUUGUAGCGAAACGAAUUUUUAUUUAGAACUGUUGUGCUGUUUCUUUUCCGCUCUUGGAGGCUGUUUAGGUUACGGCUCGAACAGGCUGGUCUUCCAAGUUGAUUUCGGUAGUCGUUUUUGUUGCGUGACACGAUGGGUGAGAAGCUGGAUGACUCGCACCAAUCCGCCAAUGAUGACGAGAAGGAUGUCGACGAGCUAGCCGCGUCACCGAACGCUCUGAAUGACAGCAGCAGCGGACAGGAUGACGGUAUCCUCAACGCAUCGGAUAGACGAAUGAUUUCGGCUCAGCACAACCUCAAACCCGAUGGCUUCUUCGUUAGGGUUCUCAAGGUCAUCUUCUAUAUUCCGAUGAAAAUACUUUCUGUUUUUGGUAUCUCUCUCUGGCAGAACAACCUACAGGUCUCUGGAAAUUCAAAAAUCGACAAGAGCCCUCUACGCCCAGCAUCUACAUCACCUCAGAAGAGAAAGAGAGAAGAUCUAGACGGAUCACCGACUCUGCUUGAUGAUAGUGAUGAUGCGGAAGAGGAAGAGGGGAAGAAUAAAGAUAUGGUGAAGGUUAUAGAUGAGGCUGUAGAGGGAUACGAAUCAGGAGAGGACAAGGACUUCAAGCCCGGGGAUGAGAGUUCAUGUAGUGAUGAGUAUACCGAGGGAGACACCGAGACUGAUCUCUCUAAACUCAGCAAUGAAGACGUUUCUGAACCCCGUCCAUCCCUCUACAGGAACAUCACCGAGAUCGACAAAGAUGAUAAUAAAAACAACAAGGAGAAGACACAGAUCCCGGAUGUGGUUACCAUGCCAACCAAGUGUAUUGAUGAACCCGUCCCAAAGACCGAGUUACAGACCCCAGCUACUGUUGGUGUGAUGGGUUAAACCAGAGUUAAACCAGGGUCAAACCAAUUUAAACCAGUGUUACACCAGGGUUAAACCAAAGUUAAACCAGUUUUACACCAGUUUUAAUCCAAAGUUAAUCCAGGGUUAAACCAGAGUUAAACCAGACUUGA